AUGACAUCCAGCAACAAACAACUACCUCCCACGAGACAGCAUGGACUGAAGCCUGAAGACAAGUCCCUCAAUUACGACCCUCUCAAUUUAGUCAAAAUUCACGCCAAUCCAUUAGCAAUGGAAGCUCAAAAACUCUUGGAAGUCACAACGAAACAAAAACAGGCUAAGAAGGAGGACUACAGCAAAUAUGAUGAAUCUGCCUGGGAAAGUAACUUAGAUCAGUGGAAAAGUAAAAGAAAAUCAACUGUUAGGUCUAAUUCUGAAUUUUCAGAAGAAUCGCCUGAAUUUGGAGUCGUUCUAUCGAAAUCGCCAAAUUUGAUUGACGAAAAAUCAUUUGUGACACAAGUUAAAAUCGGAAGUGGCAAUGAUGAAAUACGUCACCAACAAACACAACAACUGCCUGAAAACGAGUUUAUCAGUACAAAGUACUCGAAUGAAGAGCCUAAAAACAGCAGCACUACAAAGCUCAAAGAAACUUUUAAACCAAAAUAUUACGAAGAUGAAUUUGAGGCCCAAAGCAAUACAAAAAAGAUAUCUACAGCAAACACAUUUUCUAUUAAUACGUUUGAUUGUAACAAUAAAUCAGAUGCUGAAAGUAAACGGAUCACUGAGAAACCGGAUGAGAAAAUUUCCAAAACAACUUCCGCAGCAAGAAGACCGUUUUCAAAUUAUGACCACUUCUCAAAAAUAAAAAGAGAGCCUGACUUGAUGACAAAAUCUGAGAUUUUUGAUGUAAAAGAAAAAGUUACUUCAUCUCCAGAAAAAGCCAGCAUUUCCAAAUUUCGCAACAUCAAAUCUUUCUUUGAAAAUGCCUCCAGUACACAAGUCCAGCCACAAGUAAUUCCAAGAAGAAAGAUAACUGAGAAUCAGAAUGUGGAAAUGUUGAGAAAAAAAUCCGAUUCGAGUAACUACUCAAAAAAUAGGAUGAGUUUGGGUCCAGGAGUUUUGGAGAGCAUGUCGUAUAAAGAAAAAAAAAUUGCGAUCGCCAAUGAUAAAGAAUAUUUGAUAGAAGAGCAUGUUAUGGAAGCUCCUAAAGAAAAGAAGGAGUACCAGUUUACACAAGACGUUAGUUCUAAGUAUAAAUCACAUUCAUCAAUAACAGAAAAAUCAGAUGAAAAACAGAAAAAAAAUGAUGAUAACGAUGAAACAAAAUCGAUAUUAAGAAAAAAAUCAGCUAACGUAGAAGUUUUUGAUUUGACUAAAGGGGAUAAAGAUAAAGGUAUUGAACGAAUAUCCAUGGACAUUUUUGAAAAUAUGAUUAUAUCUCCCGACAAAAAAGAUGAUAAACCACUUUUAAGAUCUUCGAAACUAGUUGAAUUAAGUGAAAAAUAUGAAGACUUUUCGGAACCAAAUUUAACCGCUGAUGUUCUAAUUUCCAAAGCCAAAUCUGUCAAAAAUUCAUCCGCAAAUAUUGAACAUGAAUCAGAUGAACCAGUUAAUAAAUCCUUGAACACCAGACUAGCCGAAAUUAAUAUAAUUGAAAAACCAAAUUCCAAAAGCAAUUUAUCUGGUGUUCAGUGGACUGCAAAUGUUAAAUCUCGUGAUACAUCAGGUACUCACUCAUUGAAUUUUUCAUCAGACACUAACAAAUCUGCUGACGUUUUUGUUGUUAAUGAUGGCAUCGAUUUGUCAAAAGAACUUACAUCAAAUUCAAAAAUAAAAGAAGACUUUAUACUGCCAUCUAAAAGUAUUAAAAAUAACUCAACUAGAGAAAAUUUUAAUGAAAUACAAAAAACAAAUUUUUCAGAGAAUACAAAAAAACUUUCAGAAGCUAGAAAACAAUUUUUCUCAAACAACAAUGAAGAUGAAUCAAUGGAAGUUGUUCAUACAAAAGAUAUAAACAAAAAUUUCCAAGGAUCUUUAGAUAAUUCUUUAAAAAAUUUUAACAUUGAUAAAACAAGAGCAAAUGAAAAUGUGAAAAUUGAUGCUAAAAAUUUAGAUAUUAAAAUGAAGAAAGAAUAUUAUGACGGAGAAGAAAAAUUAACAUCUUUGCCUAUCAAUGAAGAUAAUGUUCAAUAUUUAUCUCAUUUAAAAUCUAACGAAAGUUUCGAAAAAGAUCUUUCAUUGGGAAAUUUUUCGCGACAAGAAAAUCAGUUUGAAAGAGCUGCACCUCAAAAUGAUCCAAAAACUUACGUCAAUGAAGUUUUCCAAAUGUUGAAUUCUAUGAUGCCAGAUGAAUUGAAAGGUUUCGACACACCAAUUUCAAAAAGCAACGACACCAUUAGUGAAUUUAAAGGAAGUAAAAAAGAUGAAGAUGUAAAAUGUACCUUCAAUAAGCCAGAUGAAUUGAAAUCAAAAAUUUCAAUUAAUUGUGAAGAAACAAACAAACCCGUCGUAACUGUUUAUGAGAAAAAUAAAGACUUGAAAUCAAAUUCACAGACGAUUAACAAUACAAACGAAAAUAUUGCUCAAGAAGAUGCUUCAGACGAGGCAGCUGAUGAUGUUAUGCCAAGAAAAAGUUUUAAAGACAAACAAAAUCUCAUUGGUAGUUUGAAGCUGAAUGAAAGGCCAAGCAAGCCAACGCCUGCAAAAACGACUCCACCGCAGGUUCUUCCAAAACCAGCAGCAAGAACAUCACUGCAAGAAAAUAAUCAGAAAAAAAUUGAAAAGAUCGGCAUAAAUAUUGCAACUUUGCCAAAAGUUCUUCCAACUCCUGAUGGUACACCUUUGAGACCCAGGACGAAAUCUCUUGAGAAUCAACUGGAAGAGGAAGGGAUUGAUUGGGACAAAAAUUCAAAAGUACAAAAACUGGAUGUCUCUGCAAGUAGGUCAAAAUCGGAAUUGUCUAAACACAUUAGAAGAAGACCACCAUCUAUAUUUUCAAUCAAGGAAGGCCUGUCAUUCUGCGAAAUUGAUUUUGGCACGCCGACAAACGUGAAUGAUGCAAAGUGGAGCAGGGGCGACUUUGACCAAAAGAUGUGUUCUGGCCUUAAUCAGGACAAGAAAGAAAAUUCAUUGGAGCUCAACGUUGAUAAAAAUAACAACGAGAUGGCUGAUGUUGAAAUGACUGAAGGUGAUGAGAUGGAGGUUGAAGAAUCUCCUCCGCAACUUCCAUCCCGCCCUCCUCCUCCAUCAUCCGAAGAUGACGCGAAAAUUCAGUUCUCCGUCGACAUCAACAAAUCACUCGUCACAGGCAACCAAGCUCAUCCAAUUUUAAAAGAUAAUGAAAGCGAUGAGGAAAAUGAUGAUUGUCUUGAAAGUUCGGUGUAAAUGUGUGACUAUCGAAACGAGUUAAAUUUCUAUGUACAGUUCCUUUAAAUUAAUGAGCGUUUCUUAGUGGAGGUCUUCUGUGAUACAUUUGAUUGUAAUAAUCAAUGUUGCGAUUCAUAUUUAAUACGUUCAAGCUUAACAGUUGUAAUUUUAUCUUAUAGUUGUAUCUGUUAGCAUGAUGACAAACAAUAUAUUAAAGAGUGAACAACCUCUGAAAGCAAUAAUAGCAUAGUUAUAAUAAUCCUUCUACAAGAUGUAUUCUUACUAAUUGAAUGAACAAGUGGCUUACAUUCAUUAAUUUUAUCACAAUUUUUCAUCCGCUUAUUUUUCAGUUAACGGUGAUUUAUUUUUUACAUUUUGCAUCAUGUUAUGAGCUGUUGAUUUAAUAACAAAACAAUAUUUUCUUUAUACAAAUAAAAUUAUCAAAUACGAUGUUAAUAUAAGAGUUGCUGAUUGGCUGAUCAGUAAUAAAAAUUUUAAUAAAUAAAAGUUUGAUAAAAA